AUGAACUUUCGGCUAUGGACGGUGCUCUUUUGUGUUUUUUCUGCAAUUUUAGUUCUUGUGGGGUCCCGGGAGCCUUUUUACGGCUACGGCUUUGCGGCAAAAACUUGGCUGCCAAGCUCAGAUAUUGUGGCCAAAGAAGCAAGCAAAAACAUGAAAAUUGAAGGAAGCCUGUGGUAUGCAGAGUUCAAGAUGAUGUUCGAGAAGAGGCGAAAUCAGAUUCCCUAUGAGUUGAUGAUAGAAGGCAACCCAGCCCAGCUGAAUGAAACGCUGAUCUACAAUGCGGACUAUCCUACAGAGAUAUACACGCACAGAAUAGACCGGGCGGUGGUUUUCAAAGGCUCGAACGUGCCGGACAUUGUUUUGGAGGGCGAGGAAAACCAGGUAAAUGUUUACAGCUUGGAAAAAAAGUAUCUUCUCCAUGUGCAGUCCAAAGAAAACAGCAAACACGUGUUUCCUCUGAGCUUUUUAUUUGGGAUGGAAACAACUGAGUCCAGCCCUCUGUACAACCUGGUCGGCCGCCAGAAGACAAGUACGGUUUUGAAAACGAAAAAAAGCAAGCUGCUUUUUAUGAAGAGGUUGGACGAUCUGGACGCUGAGAAGCCGGUGGAAGCCAAACUCAGCGGAGACGGGGAGUUUUUGCAUCUUGAGUCGGUUGCUUCCCACGUGGGAAUGCCGUACGUGCACAGGCACAGCAUAAAGUAUAACGUGCUCGUUAUAAAGACGACCUUUACGUUUAAUCCAGAGACCACGCUUGUUUUGAAAGACUUCUCAAGGGAAAUGCCCCGGAUAUACUUUGUCCAGGGGAUCUCGGAGAAGGACCACCUCUCCAGCACCAUGCAGGUUAUUUACUACAACGUGUACAGAGACAACCUGGUAAACCCGAGCGGGGAAAUGGUCUCGAUAUUUGCCAAGGUUCAGGAAAACGGGCUGGUGAGUGUGACCGCAAUGCAGUCCAUCAACGACAUGAUGAAAGUAGUCGCCAAAAGCGAAAUGCCCAGAUUGUGGGCGAAGAUUCUGGAGUACGUGGAGGCGCACUAUCACUUCUACAAAAACAGGAAGGUCACGAUGUGGCCCAUUUUAAACGCCUUGCAGGGUGUUUCCUACGUGGCGGACGCAAACCAGUUUUUGGACCUGUCCAUGUGCAGCAACAGUGGCAUUUGCUUCAAGGGCUCUCUUUCAGAGAUCCAAAAAGACUACGACAAAAGUUCUUGCCCGCUCUUCUCGAAGAUAUACUCGAACCUGGAUAGCCCGAUUUUUAAUUCGCUGAACAGCCUGGAAAGGAUUCGGACCCCGCUGCAGCACUUGAAGGCUGCGGCACUUCUGGGCGAGACGCAGUUUGUGAUGAACAAAAGCUUCCAUGUGCCCUUGGACAUUGGAGGAGCUGUGAAAUACCCCGAGUUCUUUGAAAACAAGUACUCUCUGCACAACUACUGCAAGAAUCUGCCAGCUGCAGCAGGAUACCACCCAGAGCAGUUUUUCGCUGGGGGUCUUCCUGCGUAUGCAGACCAAAUGGUGUUCUACCUGUCCUUCUACGCAGAAAAAAAUCCGAAGGCCGAGGAGUUUCCAGUUUUUACGUUGUCGCCCCCUCUUUUCCAGGAAAGCAAAAACGGAAGUGCUGCAGCAAGCAGCAGCAAGGGCUCCAUAGACAGGAAAAAAUACAUAGCGCUUCUGAACAUCCACCUCAGCCUGAAAACCGAGCUGGUUUUGAUGCAGCAAAGAACCUUCCAAAACACAUACAACUCGCUGCAGACCGUGCGAAAUCCUGUUUUAAAGACGGUCAUGCUCAAAAAAACAGUUUUGAACGGGAUCAUAACGCAGGCGAUAUCGUCCUUCAAGUGCGGCAUGCACAUCCGGCACCAGUCGUUCUUCUACUUCAAAAAGGCGCUGGAGAAAACGCUGGAGCUGCAAGACUUCAAGCAGCUAGACACGUUUUUGGCGAAUUUCAAGGAAAGCAACUCUAAACGCAAAACAUUGAGUGUGAAAGUGCUGAAAAACUGCACGGACCAGCCAGACCUUGUGCACCAGGAGCUUUCCAUUUUGAACUGGGUUCUUAAGAUUGUGCCUGUAUCCAUAUCCAUAAGCACUUCGCACAUAGAAAGCGAGCUGAAGGAGCUUCUGAACAUUGCCGAGGUGAACAUUCCCUUUGAGUACUACACAAACAUGCUUACUCUGCAGGACGUGACCAACUGGCUAAAGAACAUGAAUCUUUAUAAAUAUGUCCUCAACCCGAAAAAAGACAUUUUUUCAGUGUUGAGCGCCCUCUUGAACAACUGCAUUAUACCCGUGCAGGAGAACAUGCUGGCCAUAUCCAUGCACCUCAUGGACUCUAUAGCGAAAAAGCUGUAUGCCGCCGCAGAGGUGUAUGAAACAAACAGUGAGGCAAAGACUUCGAUAGACACGUUCUUAAACAUGGCCGAGGACACCUUGCUGUUUGGAAUAAAGCGGAAAAAGGCGGAGUACGCCCAGCUUGUGCACACUUUUGACUUUCUGAAGCAGGAGCUUGAAAAUGAAAUGUACACAGAGGAAGAAGCCAUUCGAAAAAAGAAUGAAAAAGCAGCCUUUGACCUAAUUAAGCUGUACACCAACAUAUUCGAACACACUGUGCCGGAGGACCAUGCAAUUCAGGCGUGGGUUCCGCCGUCUGUUCUGCACAUCAACCUUGGCACGCUAAAUGCACAGCAUGGGUUUUCUGGGCGGAUUUCUCGAGGCCUGGGCGAGAAAGUGCGCCCUCCUUCCCACGGCAUACUCCAUCCCAUCAAGAAGAUAUACCUGUACCAAGACCCGUGCAGCACUAAGAUUCAGGAAGCACUUGCAAACAUAAAAAGCAUCGACUCGUGCAAGGAGUACAAGGAAGCAAUCAUGCCUCGGGUCGACCAGAAGGGGCACAUCAGCAACCCCAGCACGCAGCACAUGCCUGUUCCAACCUCCAAGGACUUCAACUACACCCAGAAGGAGCUUGAAGACUUGACAUUCCUCUACAUCAAGAAAAGGCUUAUAACCGGCAUGUUCACAGACAUUGUCAGCGAAGACCUCAGCCAGAGCAUGAAAGAGCCAAGCAAGUGCGCGCAGCUGCUUAUAUCCAGGGACGCGGAGGGGCAGCAGAUUGAAGAGUUUCUGUACUUCCUCAUGCACACGAUGCAGCACGUGAUCUCCCACACGAAAAAAGACACCGAGCUGUCGGAGGAAGAGCAGUCCUACAGCUACAUUCGCGAAAAGUCCAUCGACAUGUUUUCAAACGCUUUCUUUGAAACAGCAACAAAUCUCAUGCGCCUGCCCGUGUCAGAUAGCGUAAGCAUCGUUGCAAAGGCGCAGCUGCGCACAAUUCUUUUGUACAUGCACGAAAAGUACAAGAACUCCAUAGUUUCGUUUUUCGACAAAAACGAAGAAUCCAGAGCGCUAAACACAUACAUGUGCAGCGGGGUAAUGGACGCAAAAAGAUGCGGUCUAAUCAGAAACGCCAGCGUACAAACCAUACAAAUUCUCAAGGCGGCGUUGGAAAACAUAAAAAUCCUGGAGGAGGCAUAUGAGUCCAACCUGCUGUCCGACCUCCGCGCUGAAGCUACUCCUAUAAGCGAACUGGGCAAAUUUGGUUUUGCCCCUCCAGACGACAUGGAUGCUACGCUCGAUUCUAGCUUGGAAAAUUCCACGAGCCGCGCUCAAAGGGCAACCGCCCAGAUGGACCGGCAUAUUAAAGAUGCAGUUAUUGAGAUAAAAGACCUCCUGGAAAGCCUUUUUGUCAAGGGAAAGCGCCAAAUGGGGCUGGUUCAGCGCAAGAUAAACAAGAUAAACAACUGCAUGGGCCGAACAGACUACUUCGCAGCCGAGUACCGAUAUUUAAGCAUUCUGGAAAAGAGUCUAAAAUACACUUUGGAAAGCACGUUGGAGGAGGAAGACGACAUUUUCUACAUUGAAAGCCUGGGCAUCGACGGCGACUUUGAAGAUGAUGCUGACAAGCAGCAGGAGAUAUUUAUUGAAGAGGGCCCUAAUGAAAAAGAUGACACGAAUGUGUACGAGUCUGCUCUGGGCGAUUAG